GGAGAGAUUGCACCGUGCUCUUGGCUCUGCACUCUGCUAAUAAAGUAAAGGUUUCUCUCUGGAAGAGUCAGCUCUGUCAGCUCUACCAGGACAGUAGCUCAGGUUUCACUGGAACAAUCCUGUUAAUAAAACACCUGCAACACGCUGGCUUCACUUAGCAACAGGCAGUGCAGUGACUCAAGGCUAUGGGGUUGCAAGAGUAAAACCCAUCAUUAAUAAGAACAGGCUCCAGACAGCUGUGCUCAGCAGCUCUCUCUACCUCUCUCUCUCUCUCUGGAAAUCUUCAGAUUAUUAAAAAACCUUACUCCAUCUCUCUCUGAAUCUACCUAUCCAACUCUCUCCUAUCCUGCUCUACUGAACCAGCCCCACUUCUCCUCCUCUGCCAAUCCAGACCUUUCUCUACCUUCAUCAUACCUCUGUACCACAUGGGCUGUGACGUCAAGCCCAGAUCACCAUACAUGGAGCCAGCUUCCUGCCUGCCUGCCUGAAUCAAUGCAGGAGGGGCUGCUGUGAAAGAGAGAUGGGGAGGAGUGUGUGUGUUUGCAGAGUGAUUCGCUCAGUCUUUACUAGCAGUGCACUGGAGUACUGCAUCUUUCCAUUAUCGUGCAACGACACGGCUCUGGGCUGAGGAACACAAGCAGGAGCUCCAGAGCUGCCUUUGUCCAUGAAAUAUUAGCCAAGGCAAACCAGGAGCCCUUCACUUGAACCUUUAACAAAGGACUGGAGAGGAAGACUAACAGGCACAGCUUUCCUGCUGCAUUGGCUGUUUUUUCUCUCCCUCCCUCUCCCUCGCUCUCUCGGCUUCUCUUCUCCCUCGCUCAGUGGAAUGAGACGUCUUUUCGCGAGUGCUGUUUCCACUCCAGGAUGGGAACUGCUGUGUCCAAAAGGAAAAAUCUAAGGAGUGAUGCGAUAUCAUCCGUGGCAGCCAAGGUUAGAGCAGCUCGAGCGUUUGGAGAAUACCUAUCCCACAACCACCCUGAGAACAGGAACGGCUCAGAUCACCUGCUAGCUGAGACGUUUAUAGGCCAGGAAUCAUACUCUCCAGUCACUCAGCAGCAGCAGCAGCAGCAGCAGCAGCAGCAGCCCCCCUGCAGCCCCUCCCCAGCAGAGAACCAGCCCCCCGCCCAAAACAAGCGCCGCCUGUCCCUAAUCUCCAACGGCAAGUUCCAGCGCAGCCUCUCCGAGGAGGAGCGCCCAGAGCCCCCGCGAGUCUACACCAUCUCCGGGGAGAGUGGGAUGCUGGGGGAGAACCUGGAGCUGGAGGUGCUGAAGGGGAGCCAGGAGCUGCGACCGCCCCCUGCCCGCCCCCACCACGAGCACCACGGACACGCCUACCCCCACGGGGUCCGUUCGUCCCGAGGGGCCCUCACGAGGUCUGACGCAGUCCCGGGGAGUCACUCCUUCGACCUGGAGCACCUGCAGGCCCACGAGGGGGCGCGCCACCGCAAGAAGCUGGAGAGGAUGUACAGCGUGGACCGCGUGUCCGAUGACGUUCCCAUUCACAGCUGGUUCCCCAAUGAGAACAUGUUCAACUUCCACACUGCCAGCACCACCAUGCAGGCGAUCUCGGCUUUCCGAGGCUGUGCUGAGAAAAAGAGAAGAAAACAGGAGAAUGAUUCAGCCGUUGUGAUUCAGAGAAACUUCCGGAAGCAUUUGCGGAUGGUGGGUAGCCGGCGUGUGAGAGCUCAGACGUUUGCGGAUCGGAGAGAGCAGAGUUUCAGCCGGUCCUGGAGCGAUCCUACACCCGUCAAGACAGACUCCUUACACGACUCGGGAGAAAGUACGGAUCUGCAGGUAUCGUGUGGGGCGCUGGAUGAGGAGUUCGAUGACCCGGACUGGGAGGCGGAGAAGGAGCUGGAGGCAGCGUCCUGCGAAGGGGACGACUUUGUGCCUCCCAAGAUCAUGCUCAUCUCCUCCAAGGUUCCCAGGGCAGAGUACAUUCCCACCAUCAUACGCAGGGACGAUCCCUCCAUCAUCCCCAUUCUCUACGAUCACGAGCACGCUACCUUUGAAGACAUCCUCGAGGAAAUUGAGAAGAAGCUGAAUACCUAUCGGAAGGGCUGUAAGAUCUGGAAGAUGCUGCUUUUCUGCCAGGGGGGACCAGGCCAUCUCUAUCUGCUCAAGAACAAGGUGGCUACCUUUGCUAAAGUGGAGAAAGAAGAGGACAUGACCCUCUUCUGGAAGCGCCUGAGCCGGCUGAUGAGUAAAAUCAACCCGGAGCCCGGCUUGAUCCACAUCAUGGGCUGCUACGUCCUGGGCAACGCCAACGGAGAGAAGCUCUUCCAGAAUCUCAAGAACUUGAUGAUCCCUCACACCAUUGUCUUUGAAUCUCCUCUGGAACUCUCUGCGCAAGGCAAGCAGGUGAUCGAGACGUACUUCGAUUUCCGGCUGUACCGGCUGUGGAAGACUCACCAGCACUCCAAACUGCUCGACUACGACGACAUCUUGUGAGGCGGAGGACUUUCUCCCUGAGUUUGAAGGAAUCGCUGCGAGCUGGAUCCACGGGAGUUUUAUCCUGACGCAACGACGAAGGGGUUUGGGAGUGCGCGCCCCACUCUGUUUAUUUAUCCUGGAGAGCGCCGCGCGGCGCGGCAUUGUGUGCCGGAGCCUCCAUCUCUGUCCACACCCCGCCCCCUCCGAAUUAAACGCUCGCUUCCCAAAGUGGGAGCGAGCUCGGGGCCGUGGAGCGGAGGAACAGCGCAGACUGUAGCGGGAGGGGAGUCUGAACCCCUCCCCCCGAGUCCGUCCUUCAUCUUGGAGAAGGGUUUGUUUAGAGACUACAGAUACGCAGAGGUGGAAGAGGGGUGGCUCGAGAGUUCCUUCAGGUCACUAGUGGACCUUUAGGUUUGGUUUGUUUGUAUUUUAAUACAUUAUUUAUAUAGAUAUAGAUAUAGUAGAAGGAUAUAUUCUUUUCUAGUUCAACGUUUCAUAACUGCAGUUUUAAACUCAGGUUUAUAUUGGUAUCUGGGAUAGCUGACUUGUUCACUGGUGGCCUGCCCUGGUUUGAGGAUAGCGUUUUUUUGUUUUUUAAGAUGAAGGCAAGGCUGUAUGGAGAGGGGGGGGGGGCUCCCUGGGGAGGCCGUUUCCAUGACAGGACAACACAUUUCUUUCUAGUUGCAAUUCUGCAGAUUAAUAUAGAUUUUUUUUUGUAGUAAAAAGAAAGUGGUAAUCAAUACUGAUCAUCUGCAGGUCUGUGCGUCGUGCAAUUAAGACAAAUUCCCGUUUGGUAGAGGUUAGGAAAUGUUGGUGUGUGUUUUAAAGACGUAAUUAAAUGUAGAUGUUUGUAAGUGUAUCUUCCAUUGGUAGCAAAGAGGCAGAGGGGUCCGUUAUCUCAAUCCAGUUCAGACAGACCCUUCUUGUUCCUGCGUCUGUAAUGUAGCUUCCAGUGCACCAGUGUGGCACUACAGGCGAGGCAGCGCAGGAUCCUCGCUGCUUUCUAAUGAUUUCACUGGCAGGAUGCUGCUUGGACUCUUGUUUUGUUUUCCACUGGCCCCCAUCGUCCUCCGACAUGCAAACACUGUUUCACAAAAACUCAAAGCCUUUACCCUGGUCCUGAAACCAGGACUUGCACCGUCUCAACUGAAAGACAUAACAACCCUACUUUCAAUUGAAUUCUGAUAUCUAAAAUAUAUAUCAAACACGGAUUUAUUUAUUGAUCUCUUUAAAUGCAGAAUACAUUCUAAGCUGUAAAACACAGAGCAGACAAACGUUUUGACCGAUUCUACUCAUAACCCAAACCAGAACCUGGCUCUAAAUUCUGUUACCUUCACGUAAAAACAGAUUGAAAAAACAUUACAAUAAAUAACUUCAAACGACACAGUCAGCAACAAGAAACGAGGAUUGAUACCCGCCCCCCUUCCCGUCCUGGAAGCAUCCCUACAGAAAGGCUGAUCCUCUGCACCUUGUCUAUGGAAACAGUGUGCAAACGCUGCUGGAGGAGCGGCCCGCUUGUAUGCUAACAGCAAUAACGUAGGGCUUUGUGCGCUCCUCAGAAGCCCUCCUCUGCUGGGAUUAUCCUGGGAAGGUUUUCGCUCGUCUCUCUCGACGAGGCUGGCCCGGAGGCUGGCUCUUUGGCCCCUGGACUUUCCUGUUUGAUCAGCCAAGUCUGCAGAGAACAAUUUGAUUUGAACAUUGUUUUGAAGUAGCUCUUCUGUGAUUGGUAGGAAUAACUCAGGUUUUUGUUUUUUUUAAUCUCUUGAGUGUAUUUGAAUCCUGUCUGUUGUGUGCUAUUUACAAAAUGCCUCCCUGUCCCUUGAAAGCCAGUCUGCUGUACUGCCCAGCGCACUCUCCUGCACACCUGCUUUCAUUAUUAUUCUAUAAUGAAGGGAUCCCUCCCCAUUGCAACCCGCCAGAAACCUACCAAUCUCAGCGCUGACAGGGGGAAGAGGAGGGGCUCUGCACAGUGGAGGAUGCUGGGAGAUGUAGUUCAUUUAGCUGGAUUGGCAGGUUCUAAUCCUUCAGUAGAAGCUGUAAAACAAACGAAAAGUGUCAUUACUGAUACUGUGUUAACUCUGUACUCACUGCUCUGUGCCAUAAUAACAGUUCAUUCAAUAACAAGCCAUUCCCUGAAGACACUGUGUAACUUGUACUGUCAGAGCGUUCGGUUUGGCUUGGUUUGAAUUGCUGUUAAGAAUAGUUAUGAUCCCAUCAGUAGAUGUGUGCAGUGACGUCACAUAGCUAAAACGAACAGGUGCAAUUUCAGUGCAAACAAUGCACAGGCAGGCAUGGGUGUUCUCACUGCUCCAGUCAGCAUGCUAGCAGCAAUGCUCAGAGUCCCUGGAGAAGGGUGGGAAUCCCGUUCCAAUGCAGGGUGCACGGGAGACCUGGCUCACUUUCAAGGGGCUCCUAGCGUAUUGUACUGGAUUGUAUUGGACUGUACUGACAGAUACUCGCACAGGUACACUGUAGCGGCUACCCAGUGUGUUCCCAGUAGCAAUAGACAAACUGUGGGGAGAUUACGCUCCAAUUUGAAAUCUUUCUUUAUUGGUUUGCUGUGCCAAACUGUUCCUUGGGAAGUAUUUAUUUACACUGUAGAGAGCAGGGCGGUGGGUGCAGGGCCUGGGCUGGGCAGGACAGCAGUGAAGCUGCAGUGAGACUGUGGAGCCACGGUGCAGGGUUCCAAUCCAGGGGCUCGCCCCCACGCUCUUCCACUGCAGAUCUUUCUUCAUUGUGGCUGAACGGAGUGCUUGCGUCCUGGCUGGUUUUUUUCUUUACAAGGACUCUCCACUUUCCGAUGCAGCAAACGGGACUGAGCAGUGACUUUUGAAUUGAAAUGAAAGGCGUGCCGACAUGGGUCAGGAGAGGCUGUACCUGCUCUACACAGAGAAGGGUGGCGAGGGCAGAGCCCUGCUUUCCUGCAGCACUGCAAACAGGGCUGCAGCACCCACCAGCUCCGGGUUACUGUAUUCACUGAGAUUUCUAAUCAAAUAGAAACACGUGCAAAAGUGGAUAGCAUAGCUUACAAACAAGCAGCAUGUAGGGUGAAUAUUAACGUGACAUCUCUGAGCUCUUCAGCGUUCAGUUUGGGGAAGUCUCUCCCCAAACACAACACAAGAGAUGCUUUUUUUUUCCUGUAUGGUAAUAAUGAUAAUUAUUAUAAUCCUAAUAAUAUAUUAUAUGACAUUAUUACUGUAAGCAUAGAGCAAGCGUUUCUUAGUAUACAGCACUGUAUAAAAGAAAGAAGAAGAUAUUUCAAGAGUCUGCUGCUGUGUCUAGGACUCGUGUUACACACUGUACAACACUGGCUCUGGUGUGUCAAAGGUUUUUAAAGGAGUUUUUAAGUAAAAGUUGUAUCCAGUUUUAAUCAAA